AUGGUGGGUGAAGGCCCCUACCCAGAUCUGGACCAGCAAGGCCAGAGGAGAUCCUUUGUAGACAGAUAUGACCCCAGCCUGAAGACCAUGAUCCUAGUGAGACCCUAUGCAAGGUUGGCCUCCAACCCAGUGGAUGAUGUGGGGCUGCUCUCCUUCGCCACCUUUUCCUGGCUCACACCUGUGAUGGUUAGAGGCUACAAGCACACGCUGACUGUGGACACCCUGCCCCCAUUGUCAUAUGACUCAUCUGACGUCAACGCCGAAAGAUUGCGAAUCCUCUGGGAUGAAGAGGUAGAAAGGGUGGGUUCUGAGAAAGCCUCUCUGGACCAAGUGGUCUGGACAUUCCAGAAGACGCGUGUUUUGAUGGAUAUUGUGGCCAACAUCCUGUGUAUUAUCAUGGCAGCCAUAGGGCCGACAGUUCUCAUUCACCAAAUCCUACAGCAGACUGAGAGCAUCUCCAGGAAUGUCUGGGUUGGCAUUGGCCUGUGCAUGGCCCUUUUUGCAACUGAGUUUACCAAAGUCCUCUUUUGGGUCCUUGCCUGGGCCAUAAAUUAUCGCACAGCGAUCUGGUUGAAGGUGGCAAUCUCUACCCUGGUUUUCGAAAACCUGGUGUCUUUCAAGAUGCUGACACAUAUCUCUGUUGGUGAGGUGCUCAAUAUACUAUCCAGUGAUAGUUAUUCCUUGUUUGAAGCUGCCUUGUUUUGUCCCUUGCCAGCCACCAUCCUGGUCCUAAUGGCUGUUUGUGUGGUGUAUGCCUUUUUCAUUCUGGGGCCCACAGCUCUCAUUGGGAUAUCCAUGUAUGUCAUAUUCAUCCCCAUCCAGAUGUUUAUGGCUAAGCUCAAUUCAGCUUUCCGAAGAUCAGCAAUUUCGGCGACAGACAAGUGAGUUCAGACAAUAAAUGAGUUUCUGACCUGCAUCAAACUGAUUAAAAUGUAUGCCUGGGAGAAAUCUUUUACCAACACCAUUAGAGAUAUAAGGAAGAGGGAAAGGAAAUUACUGGAAAAAGCUGGAUUUGUCCAAAGUGGAAACUCAGCCCUGGCCCAUGUUGCAUCCACCAUAGCCACUGUAUUGACCUUCACCUGCCGCAUCCUUCUCAGACUCAAGCCCACAGCCCCGGUGGCAUUUAGUGUGAUUGCCAUGUUUAAUGUAAUGAAGCUUUCAAUUGCAAUCUUGCCUUUCUCGGUCAAAGCAGUGGCUGAAGCCCGUGUCUCCCUAAGGAGAAUGAAGAAAAUUCUCACAGAAAAAAGCCCCCCAUCUUACAUCACCCAACCAGAAGACCCAGAUACUGUCUUGCUUUUAUCAAAUGCCACCUUGACAUGGGAGCAAGAAGCCAGCAGGAAAAGUGCAGACCUACAGAAAGUGCAGAACCAGAAAAAGCAGUUUUUCAAGAAGCAAGUGCCAGAGGCAAACCUCAGAGGCUGAGGUUUAAGUCCAUCAGCCAAGGGAGUUGCUGGCCCAGAGGAGCAAAGAGGCAGCCCCAGAUUGGUUCUGCACAAUAUAAACUUUGUGCUGAGAAAGGGGAAGGUCUUGGGACUAUGAGGGCAUGUUGGAAGUGGAAAGAGCUCCCUAUUGCUGGUACUGUUGCUCCAGUUGCAGUUACAGUGAGGGACCAUGGCAGUCAACGGAACUGUGGCCUAUGUUUCCCAGCAAGCAUGGAUCUUGCACGGAAAUGUGCGAGAAAAAUUAUUUGGAGAAAAGUAUGAUCACCAAAGGUAUCAGCACACAGUUCGAGUCUGUGCCCUCCAGGAGGACCUGAGCAGCCUCCCUUUUAGAGACCUGACUGAGAUUGGGGAGCGGGGCCUCAACUUUUCUGGGAGACAGAGGCAGAGGAUCAGCCUGGCCCGGGCCAUCUACUCAAACCAUGAGCUCUACCUGCUGGAUGAACCCCUGUCUGCCGUGGAUGCCCAAGUGGGGAAGCACAUCUUUGAGGAGUACAUUAAGAAGGCCCUCAGGGGGAAGACUGUCGUCUUGGUGACCCACCAGCUGCAGUUCUUGGAGUCCUGCGAUGAGGUCAUUUUGUUAGAAGAUGGAGAGAUUUGUGAAAAAGGAACCCACAAGGAGUUAAUGGAAGAGAGAGGGCACUAUGCAAAACUAAUCCACAACCUCAGAGGGCUGCAAUUCAAGGAUCCUGAGCACAUCUACAAUGCAGCAAUGGUGGAAGCCCUUAAGGAGGGCCCUGCUGAAGGAGAUGAAGAUGCUGAUCUCUCUUUAUUUCUCACCCUACUCUUGGUUGCAGGAGAUGAGAAAGAUGGAGGAAAAGAAUCUGAAACAGACUCAGAAUUUGUAGACAUAAAGGUUCCUCUGCACCAGCUCGUUCAGACUGAAUCCCCCCAGGAAGGAACCGUGACCUGGAAAAUGUAUCAUGCGUACAUCAAGGCUUCUGGAGGCUACCUCCUCUCUCUAUUUGUAGUGUCCCUCUUCCUGAUGAUUGGCAGUUCUGCAUUCAGCAGCUGGUGGCUGGGUCUUUGGCUAGACAAAGGCUCGCAGAUGAUGUGUGGGCCCCAGAGCAACAAGAGCAUGUGUGAGAUUGGCGCAGUGCUGGCAGACACCGGGCAGCAUGUGUACCGGUGGGUGUAUGCAGGGAGCAUGGUGUCUGUGCUGUUGUUUGGUGUCACCAAAGGCUUCAACUUCACCAAGACCACAUCGAUGGCAUCCUUCUCACUACACGAGUGAGUGUUUGACAAGAUCCCAAAGAGCCCAAUGAGCUUAUUUGACACGCCUCUUGCUGGCAGGCUAAUGAAUCGUUUUUCCAGGGAUAUGGAUGAGCUGGAUGUGAGGCUGCCAUUUCAUGCAGAGAGCUUUCUGCAGCAGUUUUUUAUGCUGUUUAUUCUCGUGAUACUGGCUGCUGGAUUUCCUGCUAUCCUUUUGGUCCUGGCUGGCCUUGCUGUAGGCUUCUUCAUUCUUUUAUGCAUUUUCCAUUGAGGAGCCCAGGAGCUCAAGAAAGUGGAGAACGUCAGCCGGUCACCCCGGUUCUCCCACAUCACCUCGUCCGUGCAGGGCCUGGGCACCAGCCACGCCUAUGACCGGAAGGAAGGCUGCAUCAGCAACCACCUCCUGUACUUUAACUGUGCUCUCAGGUGGUUUGCUCUAAGAACGGAUGUCCUCAUGAACAUCGUCACUUUCAUUGUGGCCUUGUUGGUGACCAUGAGUUUCUCCUCAAUCAGUGCUUCAUCCAAAGGCUUGUCAUUGUUUUACAUCAUCCAGCUAAGUGGACUGCUCCAAGUGUGUGUGCGAACAGGAGAGACCCAGGCCAAAUUCACCUUCGUGGAGUUGCUCUGAGAGUAUAUUUUGACCUGUGUCCCUGAAUGCACUCACCUCCUCAAAGAGGGGACUUGUCCUCACGACUGGCCCACCCAUGGGGAGAUAACAUUCAGAGACUAUCAGAUGAGAUAUAGAGACUACACUCCCCUUGUUCUCGAUGGGCUGAACUUGAACAUACCAAGUGGGCAGACUGUUGGGAUUGUGGGAAGAACAGGCUCUGGGGAGGACAAGCUCUGAUCAUCACUGGGAAUGGCCUUGUUUCAUCUGGUGGAGUCAGCCAGUGGCAUGAUGUGCAUUGAUGAGGCGGAUAUCUGCACUAUUGGUUUGGAAGAGCUCAGAACCAAGCUGACUGUGAUUCCACAGGAUCCUGUCCUGUUUGUAGGUACAGUAAGGCACAACUUGGAUCCCUUCGAGAAUCACCCCGAUGAGAUACUCUGGCAGGUUCUGGAGAGAACAUUCAUGAGUGACACAAUAAUGAAACUUCCAGAAAAAUUACAGGCAGAAGUCACAGAAAAUGGAGAAAACUUCUCAGUGGGGGAAUGUCAGCUGCUUUGUGUGGCCUGAGUGCUUCUCCAUAAUUCAAAAAUCAUUCUCCUUGAUGAAGCCACUGCCUUUAUGGACUCUAAGACUGACACCCUUGUUCAGCGAACCAUCAAAGAUGCCUUCAAAGGCUCCACGGUGUUGACCAUCACCCACUGCCUCAGAACAGUCCUCAAUUGUAACCUCAUCCUAGUCAUGGAAAAUGGGAAGGUGGUUGAGUUUGACAAGCCUGAAGUCCUUGCUGAGAAGAUAGCUUCUGCAUUUGCAAUGUUAUUAGCAGCAGAAAACAAAAGUCCAAUUACAAAGGUCCCUGUGGAGGUCACAUCAACUGAUUUUAGAGGACAAGGAGGAUGCAUGGAAUAAGUUGGAUGAGCCUGCAGGAGGAGGGGCUGUCAUCUCAGCCAUCAGCCCUGGUCCACCGUCCC